AUGAAUCCAGACGUUAUUAGUGGCCAGCUUAAAGAAGCUUUAAAUAGAAGAAUCUUGCAGAGGAGAAACGCUACACUGGUGACAUGCUUCAGAUCAGAGUACAUGACACAAAAAGAGGCUUUGCAGCAUCCUGAUGGCGUUGUUAUGAUUUGUUACAUUAUUAAAAUGGCCGAAUUCCGCAAGCUAUGGGACCCGUGGGAUGAACCGAAUCUGGCGAACUAUAGGCCCUUACAAGAAAGACAGGAUAGACACGUUCUCUUUAUUAAUCCACAUUGGAGUCAAUACAAUUCCCUGCUGCCAAUACCAAGAAUUCCAGAACAGUCUAUAUCAAUUCUGUCUCCUGCAUAUCAAGAACACCCGUGGAUGCUUCCACUACAAAACAGGCCACCAGAUCCUAAGGAAGAAAAUGAACACCAAACAUGA